AUGCCAAAAGCCUUAACUCGUCAGUUACGUGACCUUGUUUCAAAUUCAUGCUGCUAUCUUAACCAAAAGAACCAAAUUUUUAUAGAGUCACUAAAUAUAACCACAAUUGAAUUGCAAGAAGAAUGGACAGAAAAUGAACUAGUAGAAUUCGAGGGAGUAGGAACAAGGCUUAUCAAUGAAAUUCUCAGAUGGCAUAAGGAUGCUGCAAAACACCUUAGAACAGUAUACACUGGGACCUCAAGAAUGACAACAUGGAGACAAAAAAAAAAAGAAUGA